AUGGACACGAAAUCAUGGCUGGGACCACCUGUUCCCAAACGGCAGCCACAUCCCACUCGCCGAGAUUACUGGGCCAUCGCUCCACUGAUCGUCGUCGGCUUCGUGAUACUCUUCUACAACCGGCCACUAUUAUCGCCGUGCACGAACCAGCCGACCUACUUCGAGUACAGCGGAGAACGCAUCCGGUGGACGCCAUGUGGAAGGCUCAAGUCCACCGCCCUGGAGUGUAGCAGUAUCGAUGUCCCCAUGGAUCAAUUCAAUGCCUCCAACUCAGGAAGCAAGACAUUUACCAUUCCGCUCAUCCGCAUCCGUGGGAGCAAUGCCACUCAAAACCUCCUGACGAAUCCCGGCGGUCCAGGAGCAAGCGGUGUCGAGUUUUUCUACCGCAUAGGCGACCAGUUGAAAGCCUUCGUCGGCGAGGGUUUUCAUCUGGUCUCGUUCGAUCCUCGCGGAGUCAAUAGCUCCACACCCGCGGCUUCAUGCUAUCCCGAUGACGACACCCGGGGGGAGUUGUCCCGCGUCAGCUACCAUGACAUUCUGAAGGACAGCUCCGAGGUUUAUGCCUGGGCCCAAAAUUUCGCCAAAGCAUGUCCGGACACCAUGGAUGAGUAUGGCAAGUAUAUCAACACUCCACAGACCGCCGCCGACAUGAACAGUAUCCUGGAUGCGCUCGGUCAACAGGACAUGGCUUAUUGGGGCUUCAGUUACGGCACGGUGCUCGGCCAGACAUACGCGGGGCUGUUCCCCGAGCGGUCGAAGCGCAUCAUCAUUGAUGGGGUGGCAGAUCAGUUCCAGUGGUAUGAAGGCGUGUUUGAAGCCAAGUCCCUUGAAGAUACGGAUAAAGUUCUCCAUGGCUUUUUCGACGAAUGUAUCAAGGCAGGUGCUGAGAGGUGUGCGCUGGCGCCCCUCGCCACGUCAAAAGAGCAGCUGCGCGACAUAGUGCUGUCUUAUAUGGAGACGCUCCGCGAGCAGCCCAUCCCCGUUUACAUCAACAACACCGCCUACGGCCUCCUCGAUCACACCAAGAUCUGGUACAACGGCGUGUUCCCAUGCCUGUAUAACCCUCUCGCAUGGGCGUCCCUCGCGGACCAUCUAUACGCAUUAAUACAAGGAAACGCGACAGACGCGUUCCUGGCUUAUCAAAAGAGCCCUGCCACCAUAGUCCGCGAAUCAAACGAGUUGGUCACCCUGAACGACGGCCUCAAUGGUGCAGAGUACUGGCCACAGGACAGACAAUCGUUACUCGAUAAGAUCGUGCCCUAUAUGAACGAGAGUCUCUUCGGGGCGUGGCAUAACAAAAUGUUCUACCUGAAGCAGCACUGGGCCGUACCACGAACCCACCCGUACGUUCCACGCAAAGUGAAGACCGCACAUCCGCUACUAAUCCUUUCGACCUCUUAUGAUCCCGUUUGCCCCCUCGGUUCCGCCCGGUCGGCAUAUAACGCAUUUGAGGGCUCGCAGAUCGUAGAAAUCCAGGGCUACGGACACUGCUCGGUGUCGGGCCCGUCGGUGUGCGCUGCGAAACACAUACGCGAGUUCCUGUAUACCGGCAAACUUCCAUCGUCAUACACGACGUGCGAGGUGGAUGUUCCGUACUUUAUUAGGCCCGAAAAGGACGGCCAGGUAUCUGCUCAUCGGGUCUUCGAGGAUCUGGCGGAUGCAACAAUCCACCUCGCCCAGCUAGACCUUGCGAGGGCUUGGAUCUGGUAA